CCUUCUUCUCAUAGAGUCUGUGUCAUUGAUACACACACCUCAUCCCUCCUUCUCUCCCUUAGGAUAUUCCUCAAGAUGAACAAGUAUCUUCUCUUGGGCUUCUCUGUUCUGCUCCUCUGCGCAACUGCUCAAGCUCUUGUGUGCAGAGUUUGCAAAUACAAAGUUGGCUCCGUCUGCUUGAGGUCUACUGAGCCCUGCAGGGCAAGUGAUGGCCAGUUUUGUGAGAUAACCAGAGUGUACUCAGGUAAUCUCUUGCUCGCCCAAAAACAUGGCUGUGGCCAAUACGCAGAGCUCUGCAACAAGACAGAGGAGAGGGACAGUGUCUUCAAGAUGACCUACAAGCGAACCUGCUGCAAUUUUGACUUAUGCAAUUAUUAAUUUGUUUGCUGUCUCCCAGCUUCCUCUUUAGGCUCAUGGUUGGAACUGAGGUAGUAGCUGGCAUGUUUGCUGUAAAUGCUAACAGGGAAAGCUACUUUCACACUCAGACAAGGAAUCAGUUUCCUCCCAUCCCUUCGACCAAUUGUGCUCCCAAAUUAUUCAAGAUUCCAGCUUCUCCUUGCGUUCCAAGAGGUGUCUCAUCCCACCAAGAGGAUCGGGAUCAUACACAGUGGCAUGCACUCACCGUGUAUUUCCUGAAGUAUAUAGAGAACAUUACUAGAGGCCCUUUUACACUACAUAAUAAUAAUAUUAUUAUUCCACUUUAACUGUCAUGGCCACAUCCUAUAGAAUCCUGGGAUUUGCAGUUUAUGAACUCUCAGCCAGAGAGCUCAAGUGCCUCACCAAACUACAAACCCCAGGGUUCCCCGGGAUGCAGCCAUAUCAGUUAAAAGUGUAAUCACAGUGCUGCAGUUGUGUAGUGUGAACAGGCCUAUGCUGUAUGCAGUCCCAUCCCUUUUAUACACAUUUAUGUUUUCUAUCCAGGCACAAAUCUUGAAUUAAGUUCUCAUUUCCCCCUUACCUUUUUUAAAAUCUAAAUGAAAGACCCAACAUAUUGUAUGCGGUAUGUACUUCUUGUCUCUUUGUUAAUUGUUCUUUUAUCACUUUAGUAUCCAAAUCACGAGGCUUCAUUGGACAACUACAAAAGUGACUGGUAAAUAAAAUAUCAGCCCAUCAACAGCUGGCAGGUGGAGCUUUUCUACAGUUUUCUGCCUAACAGAAUUUGCUAUUUGCAAUGAAUAUGCAAUGAAUACUCAGAGGUGACUUUGCCAGUUCCUUCCUCUGAAAUAUAUCCUGCAGCACCUGGUAUCUCUUGGCAGUCUCCCAUCCAUGUACUAACCUGGGCUGACCUGCUUGGCUUCCAAGAUGAAAUGCCUUUAGGAUAUUACAACCCUAAUUCAAUCUGUACAUAGCCUUUAAACAAGCAAACCUUUCUCUUGGGUAGAAAGAGUAAGGGAACUACCUUAUAUAUAUAGCCUUCUGGCAUGAUGUGGGUUUGUUGGGAUUUGGUUUCUUUUUUCAAUUUAUAUUUCAAUAUAUUUUAUGUUAAGGUAUUGGACAGGGGCUUGUUUUCUUUCUUUUUUGAUCUACGUGUUUUAAAAAAAAUACUAAUGCUUAAAUUUGUUUCAUUCAGCCUCACUAAGAUCACAUUUCCACUAUAUGGAAAGAAGCUAUACAGUAGUAUGGUAUUGUGUUUUACAUCCCUUUUCCACUUUUUAUAUGAAGUGUUAUAGCUUUCAUACUGUAUUGCUUACUACAGAGUUUGGCUUGAAAGAAUCAAUA